AAAAUUAAAUAAAUUACUCGAGACAAACAUCACAAUCUGAAGUAUCAAACAUCUUUUGAGAUGACAUGAGCAUUAUCGACUAGUCAGGAAAUUGCAGAGAGAAAGUCAAGAAAACUUCCGGUGCAAUGAGGAUCGCAGAGAGACGCAGCACCGAAAAAAGGGUAGGUUGCCACACGUCACUUCUCCGAUUUAAGAAAACCAGCGGAGAAGGAAACUCUCACUCUGCUCUGGGAUCUCUUCUUCACAGAAGGAAACUCGCGUCUCUCCUCCACCGAUCACAGCGGAGAAGCAUUAUUUCUUCUCCUUCUUUGAUCUUCACCGGAUCUCCUCCCUUCUUUGCAAUUCAUGAGAAGCGUCUCACCAAGACUCUAAGGGAAGAAAUUGUAAUUCCUCUACCUACAACAGUUACCGUCCAGAACACGAAUGCUCUCAUUUGUAUACGGUAUGUCCAUUUUGUCUGCGGUUGAUUCUAUCAGUGUAUCAAUUGUGUGUUUGAGUUUUAAAUGGAAAUUACAUGAAAAUAGUGAUAAUUUUAAUACCCAUUUGUUUCAAAAUUAGGAUUAACUUAUGUGUGGUCAAAACAAAUGCAUUAACAUAUGCCAGAUUUUAUAAAUUAAAAUUGUGAAAGUAAAGGCAAUUUGGUUUA